AUGACAUUAUUCGACAGGAGUCUCGAAAAAUUAAAAGAAAAUAUUAGGGGUCCGUUCCGACCUUCUACAGUAUACCAUCUGGCUGGGGAAGCUCUUGCCGCCAUUGAAGAGGUACAUGCCAUCGGUUAUAUCCAUCGUGAUAUCAAACCAACUAAUUUUUGUAUCGGCAUCAACAAGGCAGCAGCUCGUUUAUAUCUGGUUGAUUUCGGGGAAACUGUCAAAAAUGGAAAAACCAUUAGGUAUGGUGUACCAGAUGCAUACUCGUUACCUUAUUGGGCUAUUGACUCUCAUAAGAAAGUAGCUGCAAGUCCAAGAAUAGAUCUUGAAGCCUGGUUGUAUACUUUUGCUGAAUUACUUUAUCCAAACUUGCUGGUGUGGAAACAGUGCCAUGUGGAAUCCGAGGUUUUAGCAGCAAAGACGAAAUUUUGGGAUGGUUUGUCAAUCGUAUUUCUAUUUCUUCAUACCAAUACUUCGUCUACGAUAGAGCUUACCCAAAUUGUUAUCGAUUGGCCUCCACAAAUGGGUGAAGCAGCAAAACUAGUUCAAGAAGCUCCUGACAAAGUAGACUAUGAAUCAAUGAAACGGUUGAUGGAAGAAGCCAAGAUCACAGCUUUGAAA